AUGGACAAGGUCACGUUCCAACACGAUGUCGAUUAUAACAAUAUGACCAACCCGACAAAAGAUCAAGUAUGGGAAGCAGAUAAAAAAUCAAUGUUGGCAGCAAUGAAUACUACCGAUAAAUACUAUGGUAACAUUGCCACAAUUGUUGGCCUUGGGCUCAAAAACAUAGCAGAACGUACACACGAAGCGAUUACCGGUAGUAACAGCGCAAUAUAUCCACAGUGCGGUAGUGAACAACCUGAUCAACAGAACAAGGACAACGACGCACAAGGAGCAGAGUCCAAGGGUAAUGCAGAACCACCUGAUACCACAACAAAAUCAACAAAUAACACUGACUCGAGCCGACAAUUGCGUACUGAUCACCAGCACGUC